UAUAGUCAUAACUCAACACAUUGGCUACCUCGGCAUGUUCUCAUCGGUGAGAAUCUCUCGGGUUGAGAUAUUUAGUUAUUUACCGGUUUGGCAGUUCUCAAUUCCCAGUUCAGCCUCAUCCAUGGAGUCUCUCUUUUCACUGAAACCCUCUCAUCACCACCACCAAUCCCUUCUCUCUCUUAAUCACCACCAUUCAACAACACCAUUCUCUUCCGUUCCUUUCCUUUCUCUACCAUCUUCCUCCUCUUCCUCUUCCGCUUCCUUUCGAUUUUCACCCAUCAAAGCCUCACACUCACCCAAAAACCCAUUAACCCACGUGACCCAAACACUAAACCCCUUCUUCUCACCCAUCCUCAAAUCAGCAUGCAUCGCAGCUGCAUUGUUCCUCAUGCGCCUUCACUUCAAUUCUCCCGCCCUCGCCGCUGCCGUUACAGCCGCACCGCAACCACCAUCUCCCGCGACGGAAUCCUCUCUGGAAGAUGCCUCCGGCGAAGAAAAGGUUUCGGGUGAAGAGAACAGCACCGUUGAAGAUCUUCAGUCCCUCAUCGAAGCAAAGAUCAGAGAGCGUAAAUUCGACGAAGCGGUUCCGAUGGUAGACCGCUUGAUUGAAAUUGAGCCGGAGGAGCUUGAUUGGCCGCUGCUGAAGGCGCACCUGCGUGCCUGCAACAACGACCACGCGGUGGCGCGGAACUUGUUCGAAGAAGUGCUGAAGAGAGACCCUUAUAACGUGAUUGCGCUUCAUGGUCUUCUUGUGGCGGCUUUUGAGUUGAAGGAACCAACAAAGGAUUUUAUGCCAAGGUUUGAAGAAGCUGUGAAGUUCUUGGAGAAGGAAGAGAGGGAUUCUGAGGCAAGGGACUUGAAGCUGCUAAUUGCGCAGGUUAAGGUUUUGGAAGGGGAAUUAUCCAGUGCGCUGAAGGUCUAUGAGGAUCUUGUGACAAAAGAACCGAAGGAUUUUAGGCCUUACUUGUGUAAGGGUGUGGUGUAUACUAUGAUGAAGAAGAAAGAUGAAGCUGAAAGACAGUUUGAGAAGUUUAGGGAACUUGUCCCGGAGGAUCAUCAUCACAAAGAUUAUUUUGAGGACAAUGCUAAUGUGUUCUUGCAGAAGCUAGAGCAAAAGAAAGAAGCGGCUCUGAAGAGGUGAAAACGAGUGAUGAGCUGAAUUGCUUAGAAUUAUUUAUGAUUUCAAGCAUCAUUUUGAAUUCAGUUCGCAAAUUCUGUGGCGAAAUGAAACUAAGAGAGCUGCGAUUGCACUAUCUUGAAUUUAAAACCACCACUCUCUAGAGAAUGAUGAUCGUUCUUAACUUGUGUUGAAUGAUUGGAUUACAAUCUAGGUGAGUGUUAAUGUUGUACGUUCUAGGUGAUAAAUUUUGCUUUUGGUGGUUGUUCAAAAUUACUAUAACAAUAAUUGCCACAAUUCCAAGAUAGGAGUGUUGGUAGAUAUGGAUGGUGAGAUUUGAAAGGGCUUGUUUGUAGUCAUAUUUUAUGAUAGAAGAUAGAACAUAAUGGUAUUGUUGGAUGUAUAUGAUCGACCUCAACUAGUAGAAAAAGGAUUGUUUCUUAUUA